GAUAUGAAGCACCAAACUUGAGGAAAUUGGCAGACAAAGUUGCAGCUGCUGGAUUCUUUGUUGUAGUUCCUGAUUUUUUUCGCGGAGAUCCAUAUGUACCAGAUAAGAAGCCUCUGGAUAUAUGGCUUGCAAGUCAUGGGACGGAUAAAGGGUUUGAAGAUGCAAAAUUGGUAAUUGAGGCUUUGAAAAAUAAGGGUGUGUCUACAGUAGGGGCUGCUGGAUUUUGCUGGGGUGCUAAGGUAGUUGCAGACUUAGCAAAGUAUGAUUACAUUAAAGCUGCAGUUAUGCUACAUCCCUCAUUUGUGACUGUUGAUGACAUCAAACUGGUUAAAUGCCAUCUUGCUAUACUUGGAGCUGAGAUUGACAAGAUGUCUCCACCUGAACUGUUGAAACAGUUUGAGGAGAUUUUGUCCCUGAAAUCUGAGGUCAAUAGCUAUGUAAAGAUCUUCCCUGGUGUUGUACAUGGAUGGACUGUGAGAUAUGAUACUGGCGAUGAAACAGCUGUCAAAAAAGCUGAAGAAUCUCAUCAAGACAUGUUAGAGUGGUUUGCGAAGCAUCUUAACUAAGAAAUCAGUGUGAACAUUCAGUGGCGGGUUGAUAGACCAUUCCUGCAUAUUAUGACAAAGGCUAUGUAUAACUGAGGAUUUAUGUGCUCUUUUAUAUGUUGAUUUCCCUGUCAAUGUAUCCUGAACUUCAUAGUUAGAAUCAAUAAUACCUUUUCUUAGUAGUAA